UAGAAUCAGUCGACCUUUGCAUUUUGCCUGCAACUUUCCUUCGAGGACAGCCUAAUUUAUUCGUCGGAAUUGGUGUUCUCUGAAUGUCGCCCACAACAUGGUUCUCUUAACCUCGUCGACGGUCGCAACACUCCUCGUGCCGAUUACCUGCAUAUGCACAUUCAGCAUCUUCUUAGCUGGCUAUGCACUACAACAACACUCGGUGCGCAAAAUUCAAGAUGCGAUGCGCCCACUUGAUUCCAUAGCGACGCUACCCCAGCAAUUUUCGUACGACGAAACUCAAGAAACAGCAACGGAUCCAGCGACGGGAGAGCUCAUCACUGUCAACAAGGGGAAUUUCGCCUAUCUACAACUGCUGUCUGAACCAAACCCGUCUGACAUAUGCUCAGCAAUCCUUUUCUUCAAAAAACUCGCCGACGGCCAGUCUGUGAUCCAAGAUCGCCUGUUUAUGUAUCCCCAGGAAUGGGAUCUGAUAGCUUCAUCCGACCCCAAUGUCAACAUGGCACUCUCAAUACUGUCAAGUGCAAGCCAAAAAUACAGUUUCUGGACCUUGCCCAUCAGCAUGAAACUUGUUACAGAGCAGGGAUAUUCACUCACCGAUUCGAAACUUUUCCGGCUUGGCGAGAUUCAGUUCCUACAAUAUGACAGCGUGUUGUACCUUCGUACUCCAGGUCUCUUGCUCAACGCACAGGAGCUCGACAAAAUGCUUCUAAGACGCCCUCUACCACUAAAAUAUGACAAGAAUCGUGUCGAGUCUUUCCGCAACGAGGCGUGGAUCGGCAUGCCUCUGAUGGCGCAUCAACAGCCCAAGUUACCACCAGUUUAUCUAGUUUCAGUGAACACUAUGCCUAGUCGAGUGGAAGCACGGACACAUAUUCCAAAUGUGGCACUACGAGGCUUUGGCGAUUUGGCUGCGGGCCCAAGUUAUAGGAGGAUCAGCGGCAAUGAUCCUGCAUAUGUCUUCUUCGAUUGGGACGAAGAUGGACGUGUCAAAUGGGAGGGAAAUCCGUAUUACGACCAAUGGAGGGAUGAACAAAGUGAGGUCUGUCCAGGGCUGGAUUUGGGCUUUUAUUAAACCUCCCGGAUAUUAUUUUGGCUACUAAGCUGGUGGGUGAUUGAGUUAUGUUUCAGGGUGCGAUGAUAUCAUGAAUUUCGUUUAGCAAUUGCAUCAUGGAAGGGAAAUUGGGAUAGGUUUUCACACUUGGGACUUCUUGGAGUAUAUAACC